AUGGUUGCAACUCUUGUUUGUAUUAAGGAACUCUUUUGUGUAGAGAUGAUGGAAUUUGAUUUAAUGAAUAAUAAUGCUCGUCACACCUACAAUUUGAGAAGCAACAAGUCUAGAAAACUGGAGGAUGAUCCAAAUCCAGAGCUCCCUAUUGAACUCAGAGGUGCUGAAAUAAUCCCAAUUGAAGUCAGAGAUGCUCAAAUACUCGCGAGGCUACCAGCUAAGGACCUAAUGCGCUUCAAGUGCGUAAGCAAGUCUUGGUCAUCUCUCACCCGCAACCUCGACUUGGUUAGAGCCUAUAGGAAAUUCAACAAGCAAACCCACCUCCUCUUCUUCGUUUGGGAUGGAAACAGAAACCAACAACACCUUUUCUCUGUGCAAACAGACCCCACGGGAAUUAGUAAUCGAACGCCGGCAACCCUUCUUUUCUCCAUAGAGUUAUCCCCAGGUCCAUUUCCAUUUACAACACAUAUGAGGGGUGCCAAUGGCUUGACCUUUGUUCAUAAUGCAUACGGCACUUUGACCAGUGAGGAAUACGACUCCAUUUAUGUUCUGAAUCCUUGUAGUCGGGAGCUUUUCAAUCUUCCAUAUGUUACCAAUCAAAGAGCCCAUCAUAUAUACCACUUUGGGUCCUGUACUUCUGCGACAAACGAGCACUACAAAGUUCUCCAAGUCGAAGAGACUCCAAACGAGAAAUGCGUGUUCAAGAUUUACACACUGGGCUCACAUACUUCAUGGAGGCACAUAGAGAACAAUGAGGUCACCGAUACUCUCCCUUUUGAUGUGAAAAGCCGAUCGUUUGCUGACAGUAGUUCUAGCGUGUGCGUCGAUGGGGUUAUAUAUUGGACUCAAAGGAGGAGUGCUACUUCAAACCCGGUGCCACAUGAAACAUCAUUGAUUAGAAUCAUGGAGUUUGAAAGAGCAGAAACUGUGAUCGUGGCAUUUGAUGUUGAAGAUGAGAAGUUCAGAGUGAUUCCUCCGCCUAGGGCUUGCAGUUGCAGUAAUGCUGUCAUGUUCAACAAAAUAGUGGAAGUGUGUGGAUGUGUGGCUCUACUAUAUGUCAUCGAGCAACAGCAGCAGAUCGAGCUAUGGGUUUUGAGGGACUCCCGGAAUCACCGGUGGGUGAAGGAGACGAUUCGUGCUCCUUUUCCGGUGAUGGGACUCGGGCGACGUGCUCUGUAUAGGAUCCUCACAAGAGGAAAGUUUGUGUUCUUCAGAGGAGAUGAUAGGGUGUUUUAUUAUGAUAUGGAGAGUAGGAGUUUAGACGGCAGUGAAAUAAUCUGGCCCCAAGGGAUUCGUGGAAUGAGAGAGUGGUUACGGUUGGUGGAGAUGUAUGAUGAUGCCAUUGUCUCAUUGAGAUGA